AUGGAUCAAGAUACUCAAAGGCCCGAGGGCAAGCCCGAAUCGCCCGUCUACAGCCUGAGCGUGCAGCCCGCUGACAGACGCCUGACCAACUCGUCCACCGUGACGCCCGCCACACAAUACCGCACCUACAAACGCCGCUGGUUCGGCCUCGUCCAGCUAGUGCUGAUGAACAUUGUUGUUUCCUGGUGUUGGCUCUCAUACGCUCCUGUAGCAGACAAGUCCGCCACCUACUAUGGAGUUUCCAACAACGACAUCAACUGGAUCAGCAUUGCCUUCUUCUUCGCAUUUGUCGUCGCCACCGUUCCUGCAAUCAUCGCGCUGCACCGCUCCCCACGCAUCGCCAUCCUUGCCUCCGCCGUGCUCAUGCUGGUCGGCAACUGGAUCCGCUACGCCGGCUCGAAAGACCGCUCGGGUGGCCACUACAGCUACGCGAUGGCCGGCACCAUAGUCAUCGGCCUCGCCCAACCCUUUGUUCUUGGCGCGCCCUCGGCCUACUCGGACCUGUGGUUCACGACUCGUGGCCGUCUGGCUGCUACUGCCGUCACCUCCCUCGCGAACCCGUUUGGCUCCGCCCUUGGCCAGCUCAUCAACCCGCUCUGGGUGUCGUCCGUCGGCGAUAUCUCCAACAUGGUGCUCUAUGUUGCCAUCAUCGCCUCAGUCGCCUGUGUACCUGCCCUCGCGAUCCCCUCGCGUCCGCCUACGCCUCCUGGCCCGACUGGCGAGACGCCGAAGAUUGAGCUCCGCGCAUCGGCCCGGGCUGUGCUCUCCUCCCUCGAGCUUUGGCUCAUGCUCAUCCCAUUCUUCGUCUUUGUCGGCUUCUUUAACUCGUUUAACUCGCUUCUAAACCAGAUCCUUGUCCCCUACGGCUUCACCGAUGACGAAGCCGGCAUUGGUGGCGCCGUCUCUAUCGCCGUUGGUAUUGUCUGCGCUGCCAUCACCUCCCCCGUCAUCGCCCGUACCAACAGCCUCAUUCUCUCUAUCAAGAUACUCAUCCCUAUCCUCGGCCUGUCGUACCUCGUCCUCCUUUGGAUGCCUGAGACCCAUGACGCCGCCGGUGUCGCGGGCCCUUAUGUCAUUAUGGCCGUCCUCGGCGCCUCCAGCUUCUCCCUCGUCCCUGUGGCCCUUGAGUUUCUCACAGAAGUCAGCCACCCGCUAGGCCCCGAGGUUACCUCCACCGUCGCCUGGGCCGGCGGCCAGAUCUUUGGUGCCGUCUUCCUCAUCAUCGGCAACCACCUCGUCGACGGCGACGCCGCCGACCCCCCGCGCAACAUGAAGCGCUACCUCAUCUUCCAGGCUGUUGUCAGCAUGGCCGUCGUCCCCGUCCCGCUCAUGCUCGGGCUCUUUGGGCGCAAGGAAAAGGUCGUCCUACGCCGCUUCCAGGGAGACACGGCAGGCCGCGAGUCGCUUCACAGCCGUGCCUAA